GCAACUAAUGUGAGUGUUGAAGUAUCCCAACCUAGCCUAGAAAUAAGAAGAACACUUUCCCAAAUGGAUCCCCGUGGAAUUAAGCUCUUGUUGUUUUCCUAUGUAUUUAUUAGCUUUAUAUUUAUUACACUGCAAACUAAAGAAGAGGUGCUGUUGGAUAUGAGGGCAUCAGGGAGUGAGCUAGGCUGGCUGACCGGGCCAUAUGAACAAGGAGACAAGCAAGGGUGGGAGGUGGUCCAGAGGAGUCUCAACGGCUCACAGUUCUAUACCUACUCGGUGUGUAACGUGGGCGAGCGUGAGCAGGACAACUGGCUGCGCACCACCUUCAUCCAGCGCCGCCCGUCAGCCUCUAGAGUCUUUGUGGAGCUGCAGUUCAUCGUGCGUGACUGCAACUCGUUCGACGGCUCAUCGCUUACCUGCAAGGAGACCUUCAACCUGUUCUCCUCUGAGUCGGACGCUGAUAUCGGCACCAACUUCCGCAAGGGCCAGUUCAAGAAGGUGGCAACCAUCGCACCCGACGAGAUCACCAGCCGCAAUGAGCUGCACAUCAACACAGAGACGCGGGUGGUGGAGAGCCUCAGCAGGAAAGGGUUCUACCUUGCCUUCCAAGACAUCGGGGCCUGUGUGGCGCUGCUCUCUGUUAGGGUCUACUACAAGACCUGCCCGGCCACUGUCAAAAGCCUGGCAGCCUUCCCCGAAACAGUGGCAGGGGGGGGGGAGAACCAGGCCCUGAGGGAGGUGGCGGGGGCCUGCGUAGAGAAUGCUGUGAGCGAGGAGACGCCCCGCAUCUACUGCACAGUGGAUGGAGAGUGGGUGGUGCCCGUCGGACAGUGCCAAUGCAGGCCUGGCUACGAGGCCGUCAACGGCACAUGCCGAGAGUGUCAGCCAGGCUUCUUCAAAGCCUUCGUGCCCAGCGACACGUGCAAACUAUGUCCUGCUAACACCCAGCUGCUGGGCUCCGGGGCGCUGCUCUGCCCAUGUGCAGAAGGCUUCUACCGCGCUCCUGACGACCCGUCAAUAGGGCCCUGCUCAGGCCUGCCCUCAGCGCCUCAAGAACUGGUCGCCACGACCACCCAGCUGGCUGCGGGCAAGCUGCAUCUGUCAUGGAGCCCGCCGGAGGACACGGGCGGCCGUAGUGACAUCACCUACAGUGUGGAGUGUAGAUGCUGUGAUGGCGCCACGUGCCAGCCGUGCGGGGAGAAGGUGCGCUUCGAGCCAGCCAGCUUGGGCCUGAUGCACACCUGGGUGGCGGUGAGCGAGCUGGAGCCCCACCUCAACUACACUUUCACCGUGGAGGCCCACAGCGGAGUGUCGCUGUUUGCCAGCCAGGUGGCACCGCGCUCCAACAGGCCCCCGUCCACAAGCACAUUGACCACUGCCCUGCACUACACAGACCCCCCCAAGGUGACGUCCAUGCGUCUGGUCGAGCGAAGCCCCACCAGCCUUUCCCUGUCCUGGGCUGUAGCCCCCCACAGGCCCCUGCCCCGGCCCACCCGCUAUGAACUCAGCUACCGCAAGAAGGAUGACAAUCUGGAUGUGACCACGUACACUGUUCUGAUUCUGGAGAAGAGCUCUGUGCAGAUCAGUGAAUUGUCCCCAGCCACGGCCUACCUAUUCAGGGUCAAGGCCCUGAGCCCCGAGGGCAGCCCUGGAGGAUCCAUGGAGGAUGAAUUUGAGACCCUGCCUGAUAUGCCCCAGAGCAACACGGCGGUCAUCUUCGGAGCGGCAGUUGGCGGAGCGGCCAUGUUGUUCAUUGUGGUGGUCGUCCUGCUCGUACGCAAACGGAGAAGGAACUCUCAUACAAGACAAGAACCAGAAGAUACUUACUUCUCUAGCUCAGAGCAACUGAAGCCGCUAAAGACCUAUGUGGAUCCGCACACGUACGAGGACCCCAACACAGCCAUCCUCAAGUUUGCCAGCGAGAUCCAUUCCAGCCACGUAACCAAGCAGAAAGUCAUUGGAGCUGGGGAAUUUGGAGAGGUGUUUCGCGGUAUUCUGAAAGCGCCAGGGCGGAAGGAAGUGGCAGUGGCCAUUAAGACGCUGAAGCCGGGAUACUCGGAGAAGCAGAGGCAGGACUUCCUUUCAGAGGCAAGCAUCAUGGGACAGUUCUCCCACCAGAACAUUAUUCGCCUGGAGGGAGUCGUCACCAAAUUCAAACAUGCCAUGAUUGUGACUGAGUAUAUGGAGAACGGAGCACUGGACAAGUACCUAAAGGAUCACGAUGGCGAGUUGCCCUCCUUCCAGCUGGUGGGCAUGAUGCGUGGCAUCGCCGCAGGCAUGAAGUAUCUUUCCGACAUGAGCUACGUUCAUCGGGAUCUGGCUGCCCGCAACAUCCUGGUCAACAAUAACCUGGAGUGUAAGGUGUCUGACUUCGGCCUGUCCCGAGUGCUGGAGGACGACCCUGAGGGCACCUACACCACCAGUGGUGGUAAGAUCCCCAUCCGCUGGACAGCCCCAGAGGCCAUUGCCUACAGGAAGUUCACCUCAGCCAGCGACGUGUGGAGCUUCGGCAUUGUCAUGUGGGAGGUCAUGGCCUUUGGCGAGCGGCCCUACUGGGACAUGAGCAAUUGCGAGGUAAUGAAGGCCAUCAACGAGGCGUUCAGGCUGCCGGCGCCCAUGGACUGCCCAUCAACCGUCUACCAGCUCAUGUUGCAGUGCUGGCUGCAGGAACGCUCCAAGAGGCCCCGUUUCCCGGACAUUGUCAGCCUGCUGGACAAGCUACUCAGGAGCCCUGAGUCCCUGAAGGCAAUCGCAGAUUUCGACCCCCGCGUAUCCAUCCGCCUGCCCAGCACCAGUGGUUCGGAUGGCUCACCCUUCAGGUCGGUGUCCGAGUGGCUGGAGUCCAUCAAGAUGAGCCAGUACAGUGAGAACUUCACCUGUGCCGGAGUGUUCACCAUGGACCAGGUGCUGCAGAUGAAGAAUGAGGAUAUCAAGAACAUUGGCGUAAGACUGCCCGGCCACCUGAAGAGAAUUGCAUAUAGCAUCCUGGGCUUGAAAGACCAGACCAGCACCCUGAGUGUAUUUGCAGUGUGACUCAAUACUAGUGGUACAGGAAUUUGAAUCGGCACUAAAGCGGGCAACACUCUGACUGAAUAUUGAAAUCUGUGUUGGACUGGACUGGAGCGGAGCUGCGGGAACGGCUUUGGACAGGCAGAACCAAACUGAACACGUCGUAGGAACAUGGUCCAGCCAAAAGAGACUGACAUAUUGUACAUUCUUGGAGAUUUGUAACAGGCUUGUUAAGUGAUUGCUAAUAUUUUUGAAUUUAUACAGCAAUAGAUGUAUUAAUUAGACUGUGUAUAUUAUACUGUAUAUAUUUUUUAUUAUCCAUCUCCAUUGUACAGAUACAGUUCAUUGCUCAAUCUUUGUUUUAUAUAUUUUUGGGAUGCAUGCUUCCAUCUCUAGCACCCAAUAUUGAGAAGAGAAAAUGAAAAAAGUGACACAACCACUUAUACUUAGUUCAACUAAUAUGAUUCUUUGUGUGACGUGGACUGCUGUGCCCUUUUCAGAAUGAGUCCGGUGUUGCCGAUGCCAUUGCAAUUCACUGAGUGAAAUGCAUUCUGGUCGGCGUAAUCUCUUGCUAAACUAAUGAAAAUGGACUCGAAGCAGAGAGUGGACCUGAAAGGGGCUGGCCAUAGGUUAACAUGGGGCACUGGUAUAUGCCAGUCUUGAGGUUAUUGUCUUAAAGUCCAGGUUGGGCUGUUGUUGGCUACUGUUAUGCUUUAUGUGGGCUUAAUUCAGAAUUUAAGCUAUCAUAUGAAUUUGAGUUUAUAUAAAAACAGUGAAAAGAUAUGAGGUACUCAUCAUGUUCAGUUUAACAUGCUGUAAAAGCUUGUAUUGAUUGAUUGCAAACAAAGAACAUCACUUACAGUGCCUUCGGAAAGUAUUCAGACCCCUUGACUUUUCCACAUUUUGUUACUUUACAGCCUUAUUCUAAAAUGUAUCAAAUAUAAUUUUUCCUCAACAAUCUACAAUACCCCAUAAUGACAAAACGAAAACCCUUUGGAAACAGGAUGCACCGGAGUUCAAUUUCGAGUCUCAUAAGACCCUUCCUUUCUAAGGUCUUUGAAAGCCAAGUUAACAGAUUACCGACCAUUUCGAAUCUCACCGUACCUUCUCUGCUAUGCAAUCUGGUUUCAGAGCUGGUCAUGGGUGCACCUCAGCCACGCUCAAGGUCCUAAACGAUAUCAUAACCGCCAUCGAUAAGAGACAUUACUGUGUAGCCGUAUUCAUCGACCUUGCCAAGGUUUCUCAAAUGACUGCCUCACUUGGUUCACCAACUACUUCUCCGAUAGAGUUCAGUAUGUCAAAUCGGACGGCCUGUUGUCCGGACCUCUGGCAGUCUCUAUGGGAGUGCCACAAGGGUUCAAUUCUCGGGCUGACUCUCUUCUCUGUAUACAUCAGUGAUGUCGCUCUCGCUGCUGGUGAUUCUUUGAUCCACCUCUACGCAGACGGCACGAUUCUGUAUACCUCUGGCCCUUUUUUGGACACUGUGUUAACUAACCUCCAGAUGAGCUUCAAUGCCAUACAAAUCUCCUACGGUGGCCUCCAACUGCUCUUAAAUGCAAGUAAAACUAAAUGCAUGCUCUUCAACCGUUCGCUGCCCGCACCUGCCUGCCCGUCCAGCAUCACUACUCUGGACGGUUCUGAAUUAGAAUAUGUGGACAACUACAAAAACCUAGGUGUCUGGUUAGACUGUAAACUCUCCUUCCAGACUCACAUUAAAUAUUUCCAAUCCAAAAUUAAAUCUAGAAUUGGCUUCCUAUUUUGCAACAAAGCAUCCUUCACUCAUGCUGCCAAACAUACCCUCGUAAAACUGACCAUCCUACCGAUCCUUGACUUCGGCGAUGUCAUUUACAAAAUAGUCUCUAAUACUCUACUCAACAUAUUAGAUACAGUCUAUCACAGUGCUAUCCGUUUUGUCACCAAAGCCCCAUAUACUACCCACCACUGUGACCUGUAUGCUCUCGUUGGCUGGCCCUCACUUCAUACUCAUUGCCAAACCCACUGGCUCCAGGUCAUCAACAAGUCUCUGCUAGGUAAAGCCCCGCCUUAUCUCAGCUCACUGGUCACCAUAGCAGCACCCACGCUUAGCACCCUUUUCUUGAUGAAAACCUGCUCCAGAGCACUCAGGACCUCAGACUGGGGUGAAGGUUCCAGCAGGACAACAAACCUAAGCACACUGCCAAGUCAACGCAGGAGUGGCUUCGGGGCAAGUCUCUGAAUGUCUUUGAGUGGCCCAGCCAGAGCUAGAACUUGAAACCGAUCAAAACAUCUCUGGAGAGACCUGAAAAUAGCUUUGCAGCAUCGCUCCCCAUCCACCCUGACAGAUCUUGAGAGGAUCUGCAGAGAGGAAUGAGAGAAACUCCAAAUACAGGUGUGCCAAGCUUGUAGAGUUAAACCUAAGAAGACUCGAGGCUGUAUUCGCUGCCAAAGGUGCUUCAACAAAAUAAAUGUGGUAUUUAAUUUUUUUUUUAUACAUUUGAAAUAAAUUAUAUUUGCUAUGUCAUUAUGAGGUAUUGUGCUUAGAUUAAUGAUGCAAAAAACGAUUUAAUCAAUUUUAGAAAAAGUUUGUUACGCAAAAAGGGGAAAAAGUCCAGGGGUUUGAAUACUGUCCGAAUGCACUGUAUAUUGUAGCACUUAAAUGAGUAACAAUUGGGUUAAGUUGUCUCAUCUAAAAGAUCUAACUCGCCAUUUUUAUUGUCAUUAUGCCAUAGGAAGAUCACAUUUGAAAUAAAAUGAUGCAGAAAGAAUUAUAUUAAUAAUGAUGAAUUUAAUUUGGAAAGGUAUUGUCGAGCUUCAAGUCAGGGAUACAUUGAGUGUGUGCCUUUUUUUCAAAGUUAGUUGAAGAUACAAAUGCCUAAAAAAGUAACAUUUCGGAGGGUUAGAAAUGCGUUGUGAGAUUUCAGACAGUGUAAUGUGUAGUUUGAUAUGCAAUUUCAAAGUGACAGUAAAGUAGUAUUUUAAAAAAUUUAAUAAAAAAAAAUCAGAACUUGGAAACUAUUCUUAUUCCAAUUGCAUUAUCCAGAUUUCUUAUAUGGUGUUCAGUAACACAUUUUUGUGGGAUUAAACUAUUUGCUUUGACAAUGCAGAUAUACUAGUAAGCUUGGUGUAUUAUUUUUCCUCUGAUUGCAUUCCAUUGAUAGUGGCUGUUUCUGUUAAUGCCAAGAAAGUAUACAUUUCCUUCCGUCUUUAUUGACCAGCUCAUGCAUAUCCGCAUUCCCCCCCCCCCAGAUCUGCUUGUGCUCGUCAGUUGGCAAGAGCACAAACAGGUCUGGGACUAGUCUAUAUCCAAAAGACAGUGUUCAUAAUGUACCCCAAUGCUCUUAAAAGAAGACUGAAAAUCAGUUUACUCUCUCUUCACGACUUUCGUUUUUUUAUGUAACAUUUUGGACUGUAUCAAUUUCAUGAAAAUAUGAUGGUCCUUGUUUCAUAUGUCUUGUGAACAUUAUUAGAUUACUAAAUUUCCAUUUGUAAAAGGGAUUUUUUUCCUGGUUUAUUGACUUACAUUUUUGUCUUUUGUAUAAUUUGCCUUUUUAAAGCCCCCAAUACAGCUGUUUUAUCUCAAUAUCAAAUCAUUAACUGUGGUUUUCAAUUAAAUAUUUUGUGGGGUUUUUUAAAGAAGAAAAAAAUGUAUUCUUAACAAAGAGCAAUAUCUCAACCAAAAAUGUUGAUAAGAAUGUCUGGGAGUGGUGAGGGGAAAACUAGCUGUUAAUGGCAGAGAGAUUUGGAAUUCUUAUUGGUCUAUUAACUAGUUAACUGCCUUGUGAUGUCACCAGGCAGGCCAAAACUCCAUCCCACAAAAACAGGCAAAAAUUUCAGGCGGUCUUUUCAAACAGCUCUUACGCUAAAUGGGCAUUAUCAUUUUCAAUGUCAUAGUAUUAUUCCAACCACAUAGUGUGGAAAUUUACACUGAGGAUACCAAACAUUAGGAACACCCUCCUAAUAUUGAGUUGAACCCCCUUGUGCACUUCAGAACAGCCUCAGUUCGUAGGGGCAUGGACUCUACAAGGUGUUGAAAGCGUUCCACAGGUUUGAUGGCCCAUGUUGACUCCAAUGCUUCCCACAGUUGUGUCAAGUUGGCUGGAUGUCCUUUGGGUGGUGGACCAUUCUUGAUACACAGGAAACUAUUGAGUGUGAAAAACCCAGCGUUGUUGCCAUUUUGACAAACCGGUGCACCUGGCACUUACUACCAUACCCCGUUCAAAGCCACUUAAAUAUUUUGUCUUGCCCAUGCACCUUCUGAAUGGCACACAUACACAAUCCAUGUCUCAAGGCUUAAAAAUUCUUCUCUACCUGUCUCGUCCCCGUUAUCUAGAUUUAACAAGGGACAUCCAUAAGGGAUCAUUGUUCACCUGGUCAGUCUAUGACAUGGAAGGAGCAGGUGUUCUUAAUGUUUUCUCCGUGUAUAUAUAUAAAAAAAAAAAAAGGAAAAUUACAUUUUUGACUACUGGUUCUUUAUGCAGACAAAUGAGCAGUUUCUUGAUUAAAAAGUCAACUCCAUUUGAUACUUUAUUUAAGUCUAUUUUUGUACUUUUAUUUAUUGUAAUUUUUACACUGGGCUGGGAUUUAUUUGUAAUUGAAGGUUGUUUUUCAGUCUUAAUAAACUUGCCUUUCAUUCA